AUGUCUUCCUACGAUCUGUGUCCUCCCAUCUCCUGUGGCCCUACCCCCCUGGCAAAUAGCUGCAACGAGCCCUGUGUCAGGCAGUGCCAGGACUCGACAGUGGUGAUCCAGCCGUCUCCCGUGGUGGUGACCCUGCCCGGACCCAUCCUCAGCUCCUUCCCUCAGAACACCGCUGUGGGAUCCACCACCUCUGCAGCUGUUGGCAGCACCCUCAGCUCCGAGGGAGUUCCCAUCUCCUCCGGCAGCUCCUUGGGAUUGGGGAGCCUUGGCUAUCCAGGCCUGGGCAGUGGGUACAGCCGGCCCUACGGUCGCUACAACACCUACCGCAGUGGCUUUAGUGAGCCAUGCUAA